AGCUCGUUCUCUCAGAGCUGUUUAACACAGCUCAGCAGCAAUUGGUACAGGGACAGCAAACCAGGCUGCAUCUGCUCAGCCCCAGUCACAGGCUCCCUGCUUUCCCCGUCUGUGUGUGUGUGUGUGCGCUAGACACCGGCAUCCGCUCUCAGCAUCUCGCUGUCUCCUGCAUCGCUCAGCGCACGGCUCUGGCUCCCCGGGUACCAGCCUCGCCGCGGGGAUUCGCGUGCAGAGCGCGGGAUGCGCUGAGCACCCGCGGGGUGGAGAGGAGGUGGUGUCCGGGAGCGGCGGCGAUGGGCAUCGUAUGGGCAGCUCUCUAGGGCUUGUGCUCUCAACAGGACCCUGAACCAUGGGGGUGCUGAUGUCAAGACGGCAGACGGUGGAGAAGGUGCAGAAGGUCAGCUUGGCCGUGUCAGCUUUCAAAGAUGGGCUGCGGGAGCAGCCGGUGGCACGGAGGCGGGCGGAGGCUGGUGGCACACGUCGGGGAACACUGGAGCAGACAGUGCAAGAGGCAGAGGAGGAGGCAUCUGCGGGGCCCUCACAGCCAGAAGAGGUCAGCGCCAGCAAGGCUGCGUGGGAGCGGCUGCGGGAUGGCCGAGGUGUGGAGCCAGAGGAGUUUGAUCGAGCCAACAGGUUCACACCACCCGCCUUCAUUCGGCCCCAGCGGGAGCUGCACGAUGAUGAGCCACUGGACAUCAGCCUGGAACAGCGGGAGCAGGUCCUCAAUGAUGAGAUGUGCGAGAUCUGUGAAGUGUGGACAGCUGAGAGCCUCUUCCCCUGUCGCGUCUGCAGCCGGGUGUACCAUGAUGGCUGCCUGCGCCGCAUGGGCUACCUGCAGAACGACAGUGCCGUGGAGAUGACAGAGACUGCACAUACUGAGACAGGCUGGAGCUGCUACUACUGCGACAACCUUAACCUCCUGCUGACAGAGGAGGAGAUGUACAGCUUGAUGGAGACACUGCGGCAGUGCAAGAUCAUCCCAGAAACCUCUCUGACACUGGAUGACUUCCUGCACUACAAGCACCUGGUGCACAAGCAGCAGUUUGAGCGGCCCAUGGAGGAGGCGCAGGAGGAGCGAGCCACUCUGCAGUUCUCUGCCCUGGACCCCGACAAGAAGGGGCACAUCGAGUGGCCAGACUUCCUCUCCCACGAGUCCAUCCAGCUGCUGCAGAAACUCCGGCCACCGAACUCCCUGCUGCGGCUGCUGACGGUCAAGGAGCGGGAGCGGGCACGCACCGCCUUCCUGGCCCUGGACCAGGAUGGCAGCGGCUUCAUUGGGGAGGGGGAGUGCCACAAGGCCCAGCACGCCUGGUUCCGCAAGCACCAGAAGGAGGCACCAUCCUGCAAUGUCAGCAUCAGCCACGUUGGGCCCAUGUCGGAGAGCAGCCCGGCCAGCAGCGGCAGCGCCAAGAGCCAGGAGAAGACACUGCUGGCGUCGGAGCAGGAGGAGGCCAGGCCCAUCGACUGGCCCAGAUUCCUGCGGGAGAAUGUCGCCUACAUCCUGGCAGCCCGUCCCAACAGUGCCGCCAUCCACCUGCAGCCCUAACUCCCGCCCCAACUCCCGGCCUCCCGCCCGCCGCCAUCUUGGUUGGCGAGGCUUUCCCUGCCGCCCCGCAGGGAGCCCCGUUGCCAUGGCGACCGGCCCCGCACCCCAUUGGCUGAGGGAAGUACCGCCCCUUUUGCCCCACCUGCCAAUCCCGCGCGGCUCUCCGCCCUCUGCCAGCGGGGAGCCGGCAGCUGAUUGGCUGGCGAGGAAGCAGCUGCUCCCCGUUUCCCCUUGUGUUGGAUUACAUGAUGCCGAGGGGGGGGGCGGGCGGUGUGCUGGGCUGCCAUUACUGGGGCAGGGAUGGAGGGGAGGCAGCGCCAUGAGGGGCUGAGAAUGGCUGUGGUGCCAUGCAGGGAGCUGGGAAUGGCUGUGGUGCCAUGCAGGGAGCUGGGGAUGGCUGUGGUGCCAUGCAGGGGUCUGGGGAUGGCUGUGGUGCCAUGCAGGGGGCUGGGGAUGGCUGUGGUGCCAUGCAGGGGGAUGGGAAUGGCUGUGGUGCCAUGCAGGGGUCUGGGGAUGGCUGUGGUGCCAUGCAGGGGGCUGGGGAUGGCUGUGGUGCCAUGCAGGGGGCUGGGGAUGGCUGUGGUGCCAUGCAGGGAGCUGGGGAUGGCUGUGGUGCCAUGCAGGGGGAUGGGAAUGGCUGUGGUGCCAUGCAGGGGGAUGGGAAUGGCUGUGGUGCCAUGCAGGGGGAUGGGAAUGGCUGUGGUGCCAUGCAGGGGGCUGGGAAUGGCUGUGGUGCCAUGCAGGGGGAUGGGAAUGGCUGUGGUGCCAUGCAGGGGACUGGGAAUGGCUGUGGUGCCAUGCAGGGGGGCUGUGCAGCAGGGUAUCCCCACCCCGCAGCGCUGACAUCCCUGGGUGCCCCUCAGGGCAGCACCCACCUCCCCCCCACUCCUCAUCGUGGGCAAUGCAGACACCAUCCUGCUUGGCUCCCCCUCCGCACAUCAGGGCGCUGCUCACCCCUUUAUGGCCCCCCCACCCCCUGUAGGCCUUCCCUUUCCCCUUCAGGAGCUCCCUUCCUUGCAAGCUGUGAGACAAUCACAGAGAUUUAAGGCCAUACGUGAGGCCGGGAGAUGUGCCAGUGCAACAUCUCAGGUGCUGGGUCUGAGGUGGGGCAUUGGCUGGCUGGAACAUGACUGGAGCGAGCAGGCAGCUGGGGAUAUAAGGUGUUGCGGCCUCCGCUCUGUACUGGGAAGUAUCCAUUAAACAGCUGUGUCCAACCAA